UAAAAGCAAAGUAUAGAAUCAAAGAAUGAAGAGUAAAUUUUAUAAAAUAAUAUAAAACCGCUCCAUCUUUGACGUAAAUUUUUUUUGAUCAAUUGCAAACAAAGAACGAUUAAACAUUAUCAGCUGGAUAAAAAUAAAAAAAAAUUAACCUAUAAAUAAAUACUGUCAUCAAUAAUUAAGUGAGCUAAAAAUCUCAAGUAACAAUGGAAAAUAUUCUAAAUGAGGUUGUGUCGUCAGAAGACUUAAAAAAAUUUGAAAAAAUUUACAAUGAACAGCUGACAACCUCACAAGUUACUCAAAAAGCACAAUUCGAGUACGCAUGGUGUCUGGUGAGAAGUAGGUACCCUGCGGAUGUUAGAAAAGGAAUUGUUUUGUUGGAAGAUUUGUUUAAUAAUCAUAAAGAUUGUGAAAAAAGAGAUUGUCUUUAUUAUUUAGCUAUUGGAAAUGCUCGCAUCAAGGAGUAUACAAAAGCGCUUCAUUAUUUACGAGGAUUUUUACAAGUAGAACCUAACAACAAACAAGUACAAGAUUUAGAAGCUUGUAUCAGAAAAAAAAUGGAAAAAGAGGGUCUAAUUGGAAUGGCAGUAGCUGGUGGAGUAAUAGUUGGACUAGCAAGUAUUCUUGGUCUUGGUAUUGCAAUGGCAAAGAAAUCUUAGCCAAAUGAUUCUAAUUAACGACCAAUAUUUCAAACCAAAUGUUAUAUUUUUUUUUUAUUUAUUCAAAAAUUAAUGUAAUAAGAGUAGCUUAAUUAUUGAGUAAUUUUUUCAACUGAAAAACCUCUAAGCGAGUGUCUAUAUAAUUAAGGCUUCGCUUUUCUUACUUUAUUUGUAUAGUUUUGUUACUUUAUUAUCGAUAUUUGUUGAUUAAUUUUUGAUUAUUAGUUCAUUAUAUCUCAAGGGAAUAUUGAUAAAUUUUCUAAUACUAUAAAUGUUUUUUUUUUUGUAAAUAGAGGUGAUCCUCUAUGAUAUAACUCUACACAAAGAUAUACCUUAAAUUUCCUAAAUAAAAGUAUAUAAUUAUUGAA